AUGUCGGCCACGCAUGCGACUCUCGGCGCAGCAGCGGAUGAGCGAAAAGCUCGAUUGGCCAAGCUCAAGUCCCUUAAGCGCAAACAACCUGGCGAUGAGAUUGUGGCUCCAGAAUCAACACGUUCACCAUCACCCCCGGCGCCUGUUGACGUUACCAAACUUCACCUAUCUGGACGAAACUAUGAUGCCGAAGCUAAAGGUCCAAAACUAGGGUUUGAGGCACCACCGACCUUAGCAUUGGAAAAAACCCUGGAGCAGCAGGCUAAGGAGGUCGAAGAUGAGAUCAGGAAACGAGCUGAAGAGGAGGAACAAGAUGACAAAGGCGUAGAUCUUUUUAAACUGCAGCCCAAAAAGCCGAAUUGGGAUUUAAAAAGAGACUUACAGAAGAAGCUCGAUGUGUUGAAUGUGCGCACCGAGAAUGCUAUUGCACGAAUUGUCAGGGAAAGGAUAGAGGGCGCUCAAAAAGCUGCGAAAUCAAAAUCCGGGGAGAAUGUCAUUGCUGCUAGUGAGGGCGGGGAAGAGAUGGGCAUGGAUGGAAUUGCUCUAGUCGAAGGUCUUAAAUUGAGGGAAAAGGAGGAACAAGAAGACGAGCGGCGGGACAAUGACGAGUUCGAAGUGUCAUAG